CACUGACAGAUAUUGGGAAACACUCUGAGGUAUGUUGACUGGUUUUAGGGGAAAGGAGGGUGGGACACUACGAAAGUGUAGAAAGAGGAAAGGCAGAGUUGUCUUGUUGCAGUUCUCAUCAUGAUCAUAUUCUGUUUUAUCACCCUUCUCCUUCCCUUGUGCGGGUCAGUGCCAUUAGCUGGGUGGGUGCAGUCCCCUGGACAUCCACGUGGAUAUAACCCUGAUUCCAGCCUGACAUGGAAAGAGUGUGCCCCGAACGGACACAAAAUCACCCUCACUCUCAUACACUUGGACCUGGAAGAAAGCGAUAAGUGUGAGAACGAUGCUUUGAAGAUAUUUGCAGAUGAAGAGCUACUUUUCAAUCUGUGCGGGACCAAGUUUUUGCAGGAGCUACAGACAUCAUUCAACCCAUUCCUUCACUCCUCUUCUGGUGGCUGUCUCUCUCUUUCAUUUCUCGCAGACUACUCAAACCCGAAGAGACACACAGGAUUUCAAGGCUUUUACACCAUACAGGAUGUUGAUGAGUGUAAGGACUCUGAUAAUGAGUGCUCUCACCACUGCAAUAACUACAUUGGUGGAUACCGUUGUUCCUGCAGACCAGGGUACCUCCUCAACCCCGAUCAGCACACCUGCAGAGUUAGCUGUAGUGAAGAUCGCACAGGCUCCCAAGAGGGUGUGUUGAUGUCACCUAACUGGCCUGGAUCGUACCCAGAAAACUCUGUCUGCUCUUACACUCUGGCUGUAGAAGAGGGUCUGCAAUUUGAAUUAAUGCUCACUGGGGUCUUUGAUGUGGAGAUGGCAGAGAACGGACAAUGCAUCGACACAUUAACUAUAAAAACUGUUUCAGAAGACUUCGGUCCAUUUUGUGGCCAGGUCCGCCCUAAUUCCGCCAUUCUCUCUAGGUCUCCACAUGUUGAAAUUAUCUUUAGGACAGACGAUGCAGGAGCAAACCAAGGGUUUCACCUCAGUUACAAAACCAGAGAAAUUACUUGUCCUGGAACCGUGACUCCAAUGUCUAGUCUGAGCCCAAAUCGUCCUGAAUAUCUCAAGGACUAUGAGGUUACAGUAAAGUGUGACAAAGGGCAUGUAUUACAAUCGGAAUCAACAGCUGAGGUUGAGUAUAAAUCCAUAUGCCAGAAGAAUGGAGAGUGGAGCCCUGUUAUUACAUGUGAAUCUGUGGAUUGUGGCAUUCCUGAGCUACCAGAUUUAAUAGAGCUAACAGUGGAGCAUCCUCUCACAACUUAUCAGAAAAACAUCACUCUCAAGUGUUCGUCUGAAUAUUACAUAAUGUCUGGAAAUGGUCAUUUCACCUGUGAUGCCGAGGGUAAUUGGGUAUCUGAGAUUGGACAAAAAUUCUCAGAUGAUUUGCCUAAAUGUGUCCCAGUGUGUGGACUGAAUACAGAAAUCACUGCUGGUGGCAGAGUCUUUGGUGGGAAGCAAGCAUUACUGGGGCAGAUUCCCUGGCAGCUCUUACACAAGUCAUCUCCCAGAGGUGGUGCUUCUCUGAUCAGUGAUUACUGGGCCCUCACAGCUGCUCAUGUAGUAGAUGGAUUUAAAACAACCACUAUGAGUUGGUUAGGGGGAAUGAUUGAUGCUCAGGCCAAAAACAUUGUUACCAUGGAAACAGAGAAGAUAAUAAUUCAUCCAAAGUAUAAUAACAUAGUAGAUAAAAAUGGAGAACAAACAAGCUAUGAUAAUGACAUUGCAUUGAUCAAAAUGUCUGCCAGGGUUCCGAUUGGUCCAAACCUCAGGCCGGUGUGUCUUCCAAAGAAAACAGACGGACCUGUGAUGGAGGACAUGAUGGGUACAGUCUCAGGUUUUGGAGGAUAUAGCGAUAAAAGUCUAAGAAGUAAAAAUUUGCUUUAUGGUCAUGUUCAGGAAUAUUCUCUUGUUGAAUGUGAAUCAAAAGGUAAACUUGUCACUGAUAACAUGUUCUGUGCUGGAGAUGAUGGUCAGGGUAUAGACAGUUGUAAAGGUGACAGUGGAGGUCCACUAUUUCUCCCUACAUUGGAACAAGGGUCUGCAGAACAACCUUUUAGGAUUGUAGGUAUCGUAUCGUGGGGUCCCCCUGAAUGUGGACAUAAAAGCUUUAAAGGUUACUACACUAAAAUACAGAACUACCUGGAUUGGAUCAGAGAAACUAUGGAAAACAACUAACAUCCGCACACUGAAAUGAGAUUCAGCUCCAUCUUGUUAUUGUAAUACUCACUGGUCAGGUUUUUCAUAAAAUACAGUUUUAUCUGGUUAACAUGUAUCUGCUAUUUAGAUAAAUUAUUCAGCAUUUAGUUUUUAAUCGUUUUUAUAGACUAAUAUACUCUAAUAUAAUAUACAAUACUAUAAUGUAUUACAAAAAAAUUAUAAAACAUAUAUACUCUAUAUACUGCAAUCCAAUAAAAUAACUUUCAUAUGUUAA